AUGAAUGUGGAUGCUGAAGGAUUGGCUGGUGGUCUAUUUUGCAUAUGGGAUCCAAGUAUAUUUGAGCUUACUAAGUGCUGCUGCAGCAGAAAUUUCAUUCUCCUAUCUGGUAAGCUAUUCAACUCAUUUGAUUGUGUUAUAGUUAAUAUUCAUGCUCUCAAUGACAUCAUAAGGAGAAGGAAAUGUUGGGAAUCUCUGCUAAAUUUGAAAGCACAUUUCCCCAUGCCUUGGUGUAUUGGUGGUGACUUCAAUGAGAUUCGAAAUAUAGGGGAAAAAGUAGGUGUAUCUCUCAGGGAUAGGGGCAUGAAGGAUUUCAACAAUUUUAUUGAUAGAUGUGAGGUAGUUGAUCUUCCAUUGCUUGGCAGAAAAUACACCUGGUGUAAUGCAUUUGAUGGUCACAAGUGGAGUAGAAUAGAUAGGUUUCUACUCAGUCCUGAAUGGCUGGAAAAAUUCAAGCUCAAUCAAUGGGGUCUUGCUAGAGUCUCAUCUGAUCACUGCCCUAUUGUACUUAUGGAGGAUGCUAGAGAUUGGGGGCGGCCUAAACCAUUUAAGUUCUUAAAUACCUGGAUGUUGCAUUUAAAUUUUGCAUCCUUUGUGGAACAAGCUUGGAGGGACUCACAGUUCUCUAGGCUAGCUGGCUUCAUCCUUCAGAGAAAGUUGCAUGUACUCAAGCUGGCUUUAAAAAAAUGGAGUAAAGAGGUAUAUGGUGAUGUCUCAACUAAACUGCAAGUUAUUGAAAAUGAACUUCAUCAGAUUGAUUUGAAAGCUGAGAAUGAACUUCAUCAGAUUGAUUUGAAAGUUGAGAAUAGGCCUCUGGUGGAGGAAGAACUAAUGCAGCAAAGAGAGAAAAGGAAUGAAAUGUAG